AUAUUCUCUAGUACUUAAAUUUUGGCACAAGAACAGGUGCAAUGGCCAUUGUCCCUUGUGAUUUCCAGAAAAGCCUUGACAAAGUAUCAGUUGAUUUUCCAAUUCCUAUUUCAUUGUAAACACGUCAACCGCCAACUUUUUGGAGCAUGGCAAGUCCAUCAAGUAUGUGUAUGUUUCUUUCAUGUAGACAUGUUUAGGUGGCAAGGAGUGUUACAUGCAGCUGUGCAUCUGUAAGUGCCAAACACUUACAGAUGAAUUGUCGGAUCUUGUGCAUAUGCUACUCUUGCAUGUGCAGGUGCUUCUGUUUGUCACUCGCAGAGGGUCAUUUGCACUCUGCAAGUACUAAUUUCUCUUGGGUGGGUUUUGAUUGCUUUCUAAAUUACUGAUACAUUUACAAGGGGUUCGUGCUUUUAAGAAAUUGGGAACAGCCAUCUCCCGCUCUUCAGUGCUUUGCCGCAGCAUGCUUAAAUUUAUUAAUAGCCUUUUACAUUAUUUGACAUUUGAGGUUCUUGAACCCAAUUGGCAUGUGAUGCACAAUAGACUUCUAACUGCAAAGAGCAUAGAUGAGGUUAUCCAACACCACGAUUUUUUCCUUAAAAAAAUGUCUGAAAGAGUGCCUACUUCUCUUGCCUCAACUUCUCAAGGAGCAUGAGAAGGAAGAAGCCCAAGUGGAGGAGGUGACAGGACAGAUGGAGGGCAAGGCAGGGAAGCCUCUCGCUAAGGCUUCUAGACAAGUUGGAAAGAACCCAAGAAAGAACAACACCAAGAAAGCCAAUGAAGCAGAUACUGUUGUGAAAUCUGUAGCAUCAGUUAGUACUACAGCUGAAACUGGACAUGUUUCCAAGGUGGCAAAACCCAAAGGCAGGGGAGCUCUGAAGAAGGCUCCUGCUAGAAAGGUGUGCUUGCAAAUCUUGAAACUUCUUAUUUCCCAAAAAAUGCCAACUGUUGCUGAUAGUGAGGAGGAAGAUGAUGAGGUGCUCGAGCUAAAAGAACGACUGGCAGCGUAUAACAUUGAUUCUCCUUAA